AUGUCAGGCAGUAAGGCUCUGGGAGGGGCUCGACGGCGGCGGACGCGUUGCCGGCGCUGUCAGGCCUGCAUGCGGACCGAGUGCGGGGAGUGCCACUUCUGUAAGGACAUGAAGAAGUUCGGCGGGCCGGGGCGGAUGAAGCAGUCCUGCUUGCUUCGACAGUGCACGGCGCCUGUGCUGCCUCACACAGCAGUGUGUUUUGCGUGCGGAGAAGCAGGGAAAGAAGACACAGUGGAUACAGAGGAGGAGAAGUUUAGCCUCUCACUGAUGGAGUGCACCAUCUGUAACGAAAUCAUUCACCCCAGCUGCCUCAAGAUGGGUAAAGCAGAAGGUAUUAUAAACGACGAGAUCCCAAACUGCUGGGAAUGUCCAAAGUGCCACAAGGAAGGCAAGACCAGCAAGGACCAAGGAGACGGUUUGGGGAAGAGACGUAUGGACAAUGGCGAGGUCGGCCGAUGGAAGCUAACAGACGACCCGCCCCCGAGCAAAAAGAAACCUCCCUCGCUGGAGGACGGAGGGCGACAAGACGGGCACAAGAGGAAAAAAGAAAAGGACAUCCCCCAAGACAGCGGUCCAAAGAAAAAGUUGAAAGGUGCCAGAGAAAAACACCUGAAAAAGAAACAGAAACCCAACUCCUCGGAUUCUGUGGAAACCAACGGACCCAACUCCUCGUCCGGAGGAGGCCAGGGAUCUGGCGGCGGUUCCAACGCGACCCAGACCCCCACCUCGGCCAGCAGCCAGGACCAGCGUUCGCACCACCGCGAGAAGCUAGAACGUUUCAAGCGCAUGUGUCAGCUCCUGGAGCGAGCGCGGGACUCCACCUCUUCUUCCUCCUCCAGCUCUGAGUCGGACUCCGAAUCCGACUCCGACUCGCCCUCUCCGGCAGCCGGGUCCGAGCCCUCUUCUCCACCGGUUGCCUACGGCAACAACAGCGCACGGGACAGGGAGCGGGAGCGCGAGCGGAACCGGAGGCUGGCCGAGCUGGGCUUCAGCGCCAGUGACGACUCAGACGGGGAGGGGCCGGCCGAACAGGAGCGGGACGCCCCCGAGGAGACGCAGCAGCGUCGGAGAGGAGACGCCCCGCAGCGAAGCCGCAAGGCGGCCAUGGCGGCGGAGGCGGAUGAUGACGAGGGGUCAGGAGACAGGGGACGCAAGCCCUCAACGCUACCCCCACCCUCGCCUCUGUCCUCCACGCAGCCCCUGCCUUCCAGCCACGGACACACCCUGGGUUCAGAGGGACUCUCCUCCUCCAAACGCAGCAAUGGACAGGAGGCGCGCAACGGGCGUACGCGUGCCGGCGGGCGGGAGACGCAGGAGAAGGAAAACGCCAACAGCAGCUCGGUGGCCAACCACCGACAUAGCGGCGGCGGCGGAAAAGCCAACCGCGGGAGCAAGAUCCGCGGGGGCGGGAAACAGGGUCAGACGGGGCUGUCGGCCAAAAGCGGAGGGGGCGCGGCCGUAACCCCCGGCACCGCCAACGGAGGCGGAGCUCUCCUGGCCAGUCCGGCGGCCGGCCUGGCGGCUUCCCCUCGCUCUCAGGCUUCCCGCAUAGCGCCGACGCGGUCGCAGCUGAUGAAACGAAGCCCUGCGGCCGUCCCCUCGCCGCCGCGGCCAGUCCAGAUGGAACGACACCUCGUCCGGCCGCCGCCCGCCUGUCCUGAACCCCACUGCCUGCCUUUGGACGGCGGAGCCUCGCACGUGCUACCGCGAGAUGUCUGGCUUCGCGUCUUCCAACACCUCAGCCAUCGACAGCUGUGCGUGUGCAUGCGUGUCUGCCGUACCUGGAGUCGAUGGUGUUGCGAUAAAAGACUAUGGACUCAGAUUGACCUCAGCAGACAACGUUCCAUCACCCCUCCAAUGCUCAGUGGUAUAAUCCGAAGGCAACCGGUCUCCCUUAACCUGGGCUAUACCAACAUCUCCAAAAAGCAACUUAUGUGGCUCAUCAAUCGUUUGCAAGGUCUGUUGGAGUUGAAUGUGUCGGGUUGUCCAUGGUCGUCGGUUUCGGCGCUGUGCCAGACCACGUGCCCGUGCCUACGUCUGCUGGAUCUCAGCAGAGUGGAGGACCUCAAAGACUCCAACCUGAGAGAGCUGCUGGCCCCGCCCCCUGCCGACACCCGCUCAGCUCACGGAGAGAGCAGAGUGGGGCGUUUCCAGAACGUGACGGAGCUGCGAUUGGCCGGCCUGGACGUGACUGACGCGGCGUCGCGACUGCUGGUUCGCUACCUGCCCCAUCUGACCAAGCUGGACCUCAGUCAGUGCGGCAAUAUCACAGAUCAGACUAUACACACACUGACGUCUCCCAUCUCCCCGCUCAGAGACAGCCUCAUCCACGUCAACUUGGCAGGUUGUGUGAAAGUAACAGAGCAAUGCCUGCCCCUGUUGCGCCGCUGUGCCUCGCUGCAGAGCGUAGACCUGCGCUCCUGCGGUCUGCUCGCCCCCGACGUUUGCCAGCUUCACUCCUUCCCCUGCUCCGAAGACAGACUGCUCCUCAAAAACAGCUAA